GGAACUAGUGACACCACGCACAUGACGCAAUGGCAUUAGGAACUUAAAUCUUGCAUGUCAAAACUGACAACGCAACCUUUGGCAGAUAUAGGUCCACCUUUCCAAAUUUUCGCCAGCCUUUCUGAAGGAUGUUAUAGCGUGUUUCUAUCCGUCGGCCCUCAUCUUCAUUUUGGUCUAAAUAUAAUAUACAAGGCCUUGUAUUUCGCUCUAGUUACGUAGAACAUGUACGCUGUAUAACAAACAUACACACCAUCCAGGAGCACUGAUGAAUGUGGCCAAGGCUUUCUCCAUGACGUCCAAUACACGGAUACUGCUCACGGUGGCCGAUAAGAGUAACGCCAACCACUACGCCCUGCAGUUUCUCCACGGCAUGCGGUUCCUCUGCCUCGGCCAUAUUAUGAUUUGCCACUGCGGUCAGACCAUAUCGGAUAAUUGGUCCCGUUUGCUAAAUAUGCUCAUUGUUUCUGAAGAAUGGCCGUACAUGCUUUUAUCUGCGGGGUUCAGUAGCGUUGACACCUUCUUUUUUCAGAGCGGCUUCUUUUUGUGCUUGUCGGUGAGCAAAGAGAAGAAUAAUGGGCCAUUUGCAUUCGUCGUUGGUUUGGUAAGACGCUACAUCAGGACGGCGGUCCCUUUGUUCUUCAUCAUCAUGUGUUUUUAUAUCCUGCCACGUUUCGUCUCCGGACCAGACACAAAGGCUUUCUUUCUGGAAUUGUACAGCGACGUGGGUAGCUACUGGUGGCACCUGCUCCUUAUGAUCAAAAAUUACGCUGGUACGAGCAUCUCGGAUGUGCUGCCCCACAUUUGGUAUUUAUCGACCGACUUCCAGCUCUUUGGAAUAUCGCUCCUGACGUUGCUGUUACUGAAAAGGCGAAGAAUGCUGACAAUUGGAGUAUUCAUCGCCUUCUCCUUUUUGGGAUGUACCAUCGCAACGUGGUCAGUGGCCGGUUCUGUGGUAUUGCCUUUUAUGGCCUUUCCAGCACCCAACCUACAUGUAAUGGACAAAACGAUGAAUGAUUACUACGUCCGGCCAUAUUAUCACGCUGUCUGCUACUUCAGCGGGUGCAUAACAUACCUGCUGAUGGACGACUUCAGAAAUCGAAAAAUUAGCAAGGCAACGCAGAUUACCGGCUGGUGCAUAUCUCUCGGCUGCGGCCUCUGCUGCGUAUUCAUGAAGCUCCCCUGGUACAGGAGCCCGAAUCCGUGCACAGAAACCGCCAAACUGAUUGCGGCGUUCUUCGAUCGCAUUCUUUGGUCGGUGUUUCUAAUGUGGGUCACGCUGGCUUGUUCUUCGGGUCGUGGUGGGUUAGUAAACAAGAUGCUGUCAUGGAACGUAUUUGUGGCGCCGAGCAAGCUUUCAUUCGGAGUCUAUCUCAUCCACCUGCCUUUCAUCAGGCUCUACCUGCAGGCAUCUAGGGAGCGCAUAUCAUGGUCGACGUUUAACAGCAUACUGAACGACAAAUCUGACCACGUCAACAAGCGAUGGGACAGUCUUGAAGCUGACGGGCUAGAUUACGAUUAG